AUGUCCGGGAAAUGGCAGGAAUUGCUGUUGAUUGAGGGAAUGCAGUUGAUCCUUCGGAGAAUGGAGGAGAAAAGCAAGAUCUAUUCCCCAGUUGCAACUCUCCUUCCGCUUCUCACCCAAGCCAUCUCGCUUUUUUACGCAGUAGCAAGGCUGAAGAUGAUAUUUUUCUCUCUUUUCUCCCCUAUCCUAUGGGCGGCUUUGGUAGUUGCCCAGAUCCCAAACAUCGACAGGGCUGAUCGCGUCAAUCACGCCUUCAAGAAUACCCCUCAUCGCCCCUCGAGCCCGAUCUCUGCCCUCAAGCAGCCACCAGUGACACCACCUGCACUAGGGGUCUACACCUCUCAAGGCUGUUUCAGUGAGCUCCCGAGCCAAUUCGCCUACUUUAAGCGGACAAAGAUGACCCUAAAGUGGUGCUAUCGCCAGUGUAAGGGCCGACUACACAGUGUUAUGCUCAUGAACGACGACGAGUGCUACUGUUCCGACAAGUAUCCAAGCAAACGAUCACUGCUCCCUGAUGAACGGUGCAUUGUUCCGGCAACCCCUAUUGGGUUUCGUGUGCCGUUGCGCGCGCGCGGCACAAGGGAUUUUCUCAAGAGCUGUACCGACCUUUGUCGGAUCAGGAGGAAAACGGUUGCCAUGAUCCAUAGCUCUAAGUGUCACUGUGCCACUACAUAUCCACCUAAGACGGCGUUGGUCGACGACGAUUCUUGUGACAUCCCAUGUCGUGGCAGAGCUGGUCAUGUGUGUGGUGGCCGUUCAUUUAUGUGGACUGCAUACCUCACCGGGCUCUCGGAAAAGGUCGAGCAUCAGGCUGGGACUGUUGACAGCCCUUCUGAGCAGAGUCCCUGGAGGGAAGUGACCUCAGUCUGGUCGUCAUACAAGGGCUGCUACAACUCGCGCCCCAGAGAGUUUACCCGACGACCCAAGGGUAGAGAAUCAACCAGCACGGCUGCUAGCUGUCCCCGAUACUGCAUACGCAUGGGACAUCCCGUUGCGUUGAUUUACGACCGGGAUUGCUUCUGCUCGGAUGCAUAUCCCAAGAGGAGCUCCAGGGUGAAAGACGGGCAGUGCAAUAUCCCAUGUCCUGGAUAUCCGCCACGAUCCUGCGGUGGACGCGAAUCUCUUCUUAGUGUUUGGAAUACGGGGCUGCAGUCUCUCGUCACCGAUGACAAAGAGGAUUACGAGCUGCCAAAGCUAUCGCUCCAUGGCUGCUUCAACGACAGGCCAGCUGCUUUCACGACCGUAGACCAUCAGUCUUUCAAUCGCCGUGCUCAGGGAGAUUCCUGCACACACACAUGCGCCGCGGAAGGAUACCCAGUUGCAAUCAGACAUGGUAGCGAAUGCCAAUGUUCUCGUUCAUACCCGCCGCCGUCGUCGCGAGUAAAUGAAACAGAGUGCUGGCUUGACUGCGGCGACGAUUUCCGCGAGAUGUGCGGCGGCCCCAACGCAUAUAACGUCUAUCGUACGAGACUGGACUGGGCUGUGGACGACGAACUAGAAGACUCGAGAACUUCUGCGGUGACGAGACCUUGGAAGUGUUCGCAUCCGGUUAUACAGCAAGUCAAGAAAACCGCCGCGUGGGUAGUGAGUGAGGUUUUGUACGUAGUUUUCUGGGAGGUGAAGCGGCUGGUCAUCAGUCUUCUGAGAUGGAUAUGGGAUGGUAUCAGCGAAGUGAUGGACCUUUAA